ACUACUUAGUUAGUUAGUUUAUGGCAUGGCAUUGGCAUUUUAUUUCACCUUAUUUCUAAUAGCUAAUUUGCUUAACCCAAUACUACCCCUUAAAUGGGGCAAAGAAACUGGCUCAGAACGUUUCAAAUUUAUUGUACAAAUCUAUGAUCCACAGUUUGUGGGCGUAGGUUCUUUAAUAAACAACCGAUUCGUAAUAACCGCCGCCCAUUGUUUCACCAGCCAAACGAAACUGCAAUCAAUAUCGGUCCGAGCGGGUGAAUUGAAAAUAGUCAAUCAAUUUAAAGGUGGCUACAAAGUGCUGGCCAUAUUAAGACAUCCGAAAUAUUCAUCGCAGGAACUAGGGCAUGACAUUGCGUUGCUACGUCUGAAGUCACCGAUCGCAGCUACGACACGAAUUGGUUAUACAUCCAUUUGUCCAUCCAAAUUAAGAGCAGAUGAAAAUGCCGUGGCACUUACAGCUGGCUGGAAUAUAUUAAAGCCGAGUGAUUUGAUGCAAACGCUGGAUAUAAAGAUUAUUUCACCAAGAAAAUGCAUUAAAAGUUUCCCUCAAUUGCCAAGAGGAACGAUUUGUGGUACGACAGAAUUCACUCACUCAAGACAUGACGCAAUCCAUGAUCUAAAAAAUAGUUCAAGUCUUUGCUAUGGCGAUUCGGGAGAUCCUUUGCUUUAUAAUAAUCAAAUUUGUGCCAUUACUAUUGCGUUUCAUCGAUGUGGAUGGAUUAAACAUCCCAAUAUCUACACCGAUCUUCACUUUCAUCAUAAGUUUAUCUCACAUGCGAUCUCGAAAUUGGAUUUUCAAGCCAAAGAAAUGGCUAAGAAAAGAGGAUAAAAGAAACCCCAAUCAAUGGACGGAAUCAAAGGGAAAAAUGUGAAAAAGCUUUCUCUGCUCAUUUUGUUGUGGCACUUACCUGAAAUAAGAAGAACAAGCAAAAGCAAAUUCAAUAAAAGAAAUAUUGUAAAAACAGAGGCAAAGGGA